AUGGAUCCACGCAAAGCUCGAGAUCCUCGUCUGGCUCGUGCUGAUCCCCGUCUGCAACAGCCUCAGGCAACACAACCAACGCCCAUGGCACCUUCUGUAUCAUAUAACGCUCAGUACAAUGCUACCUCAGCACAACAAUGGGACGCAAACCCAAACAACGCGUCUUCUGCAGAUACAACUUUGCAAUUUCAAGCAACUGCACACACAGGCUCAGAUAUUGCGGCCCCACAAACAAACAACGAGGCGCAACCAACAUCCAGCACUUCAUCAACGUCAAUGUAUAAACAACGACCUUUGUUUUGCGUAGUAUGCGCUAGCAACCAAAACAGGUCAAUGGAAGGACAUCAUGUUUUAUCUAAAGCAGGGUUUCGUGUAAUAUCUUCUGGCACGGGCUCAGCAGUACGGCUACCAGGUCCUUCAAUUGAUAAACCCAACAUAUACCCAUUUGGAACCGCGUAUAACGCCAUUUAUGAAGAGCUGAACGCCAAAGAUCCUCGACUAUACACAGCAAACGGACUCCUUCCAAUGUUGGAUCGGAACAGGAAUAUUAAACUAGCACCAGAACGAUGGCAGGAUAGUAGAACUGUAGCGGAUAUUGUUAUAACAUGUGAAGAGAGGUGUUUUGACGCUGUUUGCGAUGACCUCUUGACGCGGGGUGGGGAAUUUAAUAAACCCGUUCACAUCAUAAACAUGGAGAUCAAAGAUAACCAUGAAGAAGCACUUAUUGCUGGGAAAGCAAUGAUUGACUUGGCAGCAGCGAUUGAAGCGGCUGAGGACAUAGAUGAAAGCAUUGACAAAAUCUUAGAAGUACAACAAGAGAAACAUCCGCAUAGCCUCCUGCACGCUGUGGCGUUCUAUUAG